UGCAAAAAGCGACUAGUGAUUCCCUUGUCUUGGAAGAAAGUUUUUCUUAAGAGAGGUGGAGCGUGAUUUCAGAGUGCAUGGAUGAAUGCAGGAGUGGUCAGUGGCGAUGCGUAGGAGCAGCUUGGAACAGCGCGGGAGGACUGCAGAGGACGGAGGCAACUGCUGCGGAUACGCCGAUGUUAUAAAAGGGAGAAAGGAACUUAUACAACAUUCCGAGGACAUAUAUGAGCUAGACAUUCAUGCCAUAUACAACAACACGAAUAAGUUUUUUUUUUUAAUCUAUCAUACGGAGGCACUUUUCAUGACAAACCAAGGAGUAACCUGCAAAAGAUCACAUAAACUGACAGGUGAAAAACCCAACUUAUUCUGAUAUGGAGAUACUGGCUAGUCAAGAUGAAUUCUGAUAUUGAUGAUGCCGCAAAAUUGUGGAAUAACGAUUCUUUGGAACUGUCAAAUCUCUCCCACUCGACCGCAGAAAACGGGCCCGCCAGUGCCCACUUCAGUCUCGCCCGAGCGCUACCACUGGGAAUGGUUUUGGGAGCUUUCAUUAUUUUUGCAAUCGUGGGCAACGUUCUUGUUAUCCUCUCAGUUGUAUGCAACAGGCACCUGCGCAUUCCAACUAACUACUUCAUCAUAAAUCUUGCCAUUGCAGAUCUGUUACUCGGUACAACAGUUCUGCCGGUGUCCGCCACACUUGAGAUUCUGAACUGUUGGGUAUUCGGGAGGAUUUUCUGUGACAUCUGGGCUGCAGUUGACGUGCUGUGUUGCACAGCAUCUAUCAUGAGUCUUUGCGUUAUAUCAAUAGACCGAUAUAUUGGAGUACGCUACCCUUUGCAGUACCCGACAAUUGUGACAGAAAGAAGAGCGCUCUUUGCCAUGCUGGGUGUUUGGGUCCUUGCUCUUAUCAUAUCUAUCGGACCGUUGCUUGGAUGGAAAGAUCCACCUUCUGAUGAUGACACCGUCUGCCCAAUAACAGAAGAGCCCUUUUACGCAUUGUUUUCUUCCCUGGGUUCAUUCUACAUACCUUUAGUAAUUAUUCUGGUCAUGUACUGCCGCGUGUACAUAGUUGCUAAAAGAACCACUAAAAAUCUGGAAGCGGGAGUCAUGAGUGAGCGCAUGGACGCGAACGAACUUACGCUCAGAAUCCAUUACAAAGGAUCGCACACGCAAGACGAUUGUAGCGUAACUGGUAAAGGCCAAAUGAGGAGUUCUCUUACGGUGAAGUUACUCAAGUUUUCUAGAGAAAAAAAAGCGGCAAAAACUCUCGGAGUUGUAGUAGGCAUGUUCAUCCUGUGCUGGUUACCCUUUUUCCUCGCCCUACCCAUCGGUUCUUUCAAUGCCAAACUGCGCCCCCCAGAGACAUUUUUCAAGGUCAUCUUCUGGCUUGGCUACUUCAACAGCUGCCUUAACCCAAUCAUCUACCCAUGCUACAGCCGUGAGUUCAAGCAGGCCUUCAUCCGUAUCCUACGGUGUCAGUGCCAGCAGAGGAAGCGUCAGGGCUGGCAGACAUACAACUACCGAUCCCACAUGAGCCCUGCCAACCACACCUAUGCAGACAAUAGCUCUGUUUGCAUGAAUGGCAGUCAGCAGACCCUGGCUUCUAUGCAUCCCAGUCCCCGGUUUUUAGGCAGAGGCCCGGGCUCUCAUAGUGCGUCGGGUGCUCUCCCGGGCUGGGGCCCUUCCACCUCUUCCUCAUCCACCUCACUGUCUGGAAGCCCCUUUCCCGGUAAGUUCAGAGUCAUCCCUGGGGCAGAGUGCCAGAAUUUGAGCAAGCCGAGCAAGAUGACUCUGCUUUUCCCUGAUGGGCCCCGAGCCAAAGGGUCACAGCAUGCCACUGAAAUGGAUAGAAGAGAAGAGUUGGAGCAAGGGGUAAAUAGCAGGACCACACCUGAAGCUGCAACGUAGUUGGGUGCAGGGUGCCACACUGGCUUCCACAUCAACACUUGCUCUAGCUUUUUCUCUUUUUAUCUAACCAUGUCUCUCUCUCUGUGUUUUUUAUGUUAAUUUGACAGUUUUGUUGAAUUGUAGAUUUUAUUGUAAUGCAUGCUGGCAAAGCAAAUAAAGCAUUGAGACUUGAAGUAGCUAAAGAUAUCAAAAUGGGACAGAAUUAAGAGUAAAUAUUUUUGUGUUUUUCUUCAUCUUUACCUGUUUGUGUUCUGUUUGUGCUAUAAAAUUGUUAAUAGCUCAGAGCUUUGGCUGUGAAUGGGGUGUACUGGAGACUGUAGUAUGGUGUGUAUGAAUGAAGGGACCUAACUUGCACCUCUGGUUACUUUGCAUAGAAACUGAACUUUUUCCUGAUUAUUUUAUCCUUUGAUAGACAUGCUGUGCAUUUCUGUGACACUAUAUAUUUAUAAAAAUGUAAUCCAUGACACAAUUGUUAACUGUUAAACCCUUAUUUGUGUGUUUCUUGUCUGGCUGUUAUCACUGACAUUAUGUACAUUAUGUCCUAUGGUCAAAGGGAACGGAGACAUUAUCACAUAACGCAUAUAUUAUAUACAAAUGUGAAGACACAUUCAGAUGUGAAGGCAACCUUUGUGAAGUUAUAUUUUUCACUUAUAUUUGUGGUAAUUGUCCAAAUGAAAAAGCUGAUCGUGCUUUUGCUAGAAAAUUGUUGAAUUUACUGAAUUUUUUUUACUUAUGCUUUGUAUGGGAAAAGUCAUUUUUAGUGCAUAUGCAUUUUAGGACAUUAAAGAGACAACAUGUGCUGUAUAAAGUAUUUUUAAUUGUUAGAAAUUGAGGCAUUGUUACCAUUGUGUCAUAUAUUUAUGUCAUUUUGACUUGUAUAUGCCAUGCUUUAACUCCUAACACUUUAUUCCUUUAUUUGGGGUCUGAUGUAAUGGGUAAUAAAGUGAUUAAGCUAUCUGAAAAUUUUGAUUCUUGAUAUGAGUGAGUGAAAUGGUA